CCAGCCUGUUUGACUGUGUAAAGGAGGGUUGCUGGACUCAUUUCCAUCAUACGGUAUAAAUCUAUUUUUGGAAACUAUUUAAAAUGGUUAAAGAACAGUUUCGAGAAGCCGAUGUGGCGAAGAAAAUCAGCGAUGUCAGUUUCAGCAUUCAAACACCUGAUGAGAUGCGAAAAUAUUCACAUAUUCAUUGUGUGAGCAAAAACUUGUAUCAACAAGAUCAGUCCCACACUGCAGUUGAAUAUGGUGUAUUAGAUCGUCGCAUGGGUACAAGCAGAAAAGACAAAAAUUGUGAAACAUGCGGUCAGAGUUUGGCAGAUUGUGUUGGGCAUUAUGGUUUUGUUGACCUUGAACUUCCAUGCUUUCAUGCUGGAUAUUUUCGAGCUACUAUUUGUAUUUUACAAAUGAUAUGUAAAGACUGUAGUCAUGUGAUGCUUGAAGAUUCUGAUAGAAUGCACUUUCUGAAUUCUUUAAAAAAACCUGGUUUAACUUACUUGCAACGACGUGUUCUUCGCAAAAAAGUUAUUGUGAAAACCAAAAAAGUGCAUUUUUGUCAGUAUUGUGGUGCACUAAAUGGUACAGUGAAAAAAUGUGGGAUGCUUAAAAUUGUGCAUGAAAAAUAUAAGAGCCCAACUAAAAAGUCUAUUGACCCUUGCAUCACAGAAUUUUUCCAAUCAUUUGAAGCAGCAAAGAAACAUAACAAAGAUCUUGACAAUCUUGUUAAUAGAGCUCAAGAAGAUUUGAACCCACUGAUUGUAAAAGACCUUUUUGAAAAAAUUCCAGAUGAAGAUAUCCCAUUAUUAAUGAUGAAUCGAGAUGUUGGUAGACCACAAGAUAUGAUAGUAACUAGACUUCUUGUCCCACCAUUGUGUAUCAGACCUUCUGUCAUCAACGAUCUCAAGUCAGGUACAAAUGAAGACGAUUUAACAAUGAAACUUACUGAGAUCUUGUUCUUAAAUAAUGUUAUCGAAAAACAUCGGGCCUCUGGAGCAAAGUCUCAAAUGAUAAUGGAGGAUUGGGAUUUUCUGCAACUGCAGUGUGCUUUGUAUAUGAAUAGUGAGUUAUCUGGCAUUCCAUUUAACAUGAAACCACAAAAACCCACUCGUGGUUUUGUACAGCGUCUCAAGGGCAAACAGGGAAGAUUUCGUGGUAAUUUGUCUGGAAAGCGUGUAGAUUUUUCGGGUCGAACUGUAAUUUCUCCUGACCCAAAUUUGAGGAUUGAUCAAGUUGGUGUUCCUGAACUUGUCGCAAAAAUUUUAACUUAUCCUGAAAGAGUGACUAAAAGUAAUAUUGAAUUGAUGCGGAAACUUGUUAUAAAUGGCAGCGACAAACAUCCAGGAGCAAAUUUUCUUCAGCAAAGACAUACAAACAUGAAAAGAUUUUUGAAGUAUGGUAACAGACAAAAGAUUGCAGCAGAACUGAGGUAUGGCGAUAUUGUUGAGAGGCAUUUAAUGGAUGGAGAUGUAGUUUUAUUCAAUCGUCAGCCGUCUCUCCACAAACUUAGCAUCAUGUCUCACUUUGCAAAAGUUGUGCCGCAUAGAACUUUCCGCUUCAAUGAAUGUGUAUGCAAUCCUUACAAUGCUGACUUUGAUGGAGAUGAAAUGAAUCUGCAUCUUCCUCAGACAGAAGAAGCAAAAGCAGAAGCUUUGAUUUUGAUGGGAACGAAGAGCAAUUUAGUCACGCCUCGUAAUGGUGAACUUCUCAUUGCUGCUAUACAAGAUUUCAUCACUGCAGCUUAUCUACUUACACGAAAAGAAGUCUUUUUUUCAAGAGCUCAGGCUGCAAGAAUUAUUUCUUCUAUACUUGCAUAUCGUGAUCGAAGAAUAAAAAUUGAUCUUCCUCCACCAGUAAUAUUGAAGCCUUGUUCAUUGUGGACAGGCAAGCAAAUAUUUGGAUUGAUUCUUCGACCUAACAAGGAAUGUCCAAUUAAAGCAAAUUUGAGAACAAAAGGAAAGCAAUAUUCUGGUAGCGGAGAAGAUCUUUGUGUUAAUGACUCUUAUGUUGUAAUCUAUAACUCACAGCUCUUAGCUGGAGCGAUGGACAAGUCGACACUCGGAUCUGGCUCGAAAAACAACAUUUUUUAUAUUCUUCUAAGAGAUUAUGGGGAGCAAGCCGCAGCUGAUGCAAUGUGGAGGUUAGCGAGAGUUUGCCCAGUGUACUUAAGCAACAGAGGUUUUUCAAUUGGAAUAGGUGAUGUCACACCCGGGGAAGGGCUACUUGCAGCAAAGAGAGAUUUAUUGGAAGAUGGAUAUAAGAAAUGUGAUGAAUAUAUCUCUGCAUUAGCACAAGGCAAGCUUCAAUCUCAACCUGGAUGUACACCGGAACAAACCUUGGAGGCCGUCAUAUUAAAGGAAUUAUCUGUUAUUCGAGAUCAUGCUGGAAAAGCAUGUCUACGGGAACUUCAUCGAAGCAAUACUCCACUCACUAUGGCAGUUUGUGGCUCAAAAGGUUCAUUUAUUAAUAUUUCUCAAAUGAUUGCUUGUGUUGGUCAGCAAGCUAUUAGUGGUAAUAGAGUUCCAAAUGGAUUUGAAGAUCGUUCACUCCCACAUUUCGAGAAACAUUCUAAAGAUCCAGCUGCGAGAGGAUUUGUUGAGAAUAGUUUUUAUUCCGGACUUACUCCAACUGAAUUUUUUUUUCACACUAUGGGAGGCAGAGAAGGCCUGGUUGAUACAGCAGUUAAGACAGCUGAGACCGGAUACAUGCAAAGAAGAUUGGUGAAAUCACUGGAAGAUUUAUGUGGACAUUAUGAUUUAACUGUCAGAUCUUCUACCAGAGAUAUCAUUCAGUUUAUUUAUGGAGGAGAUGGCUUGGAUCCAACUGACAUGGAAGGGAAAGAUCAACCUCUCGACUUUAAUCGUGUGCUUGAGUAUGUCAAAACGAAACAUUCUGAUCAAAAUAGUUCAACCUUAAGCAGCUCAUUGCUAUGUUCUCAAGCUGAAAAAAUAAUUUUAGAUUCUAAAUAUUCAUCUCUAAGUGAUAUUUUCAAAUCCGAUUUGACAAAUUAUCUCAAAGGUAUCGCAAAAAGAAUUGCAGAUACAAGAACUAGAUAUGGUGUGAAUGACAACGGAACAACUCGACCACCUGUCUUGUAUCAGUUAGAUAGAAUUACUGAAAAUCAGUUAAAUAUUUUCAUCGAGGUCUGUUCUAAGAAAUAUAUGAAAGCAAGGCUGGAGCCUGGGACAGCAGUUGGUGCGUUGUGUGCACAAAGUAUAGGUGAACCCGGUACACAAAUGACUUUAAAAACUUUCCAUUUUGCUGGUGUUGCAUCUAUGAAUAUCACACUAGGCGUUCCUCGUAUCAAGGAAAUCAUUAAUGCUUCAAAAAAUAUUAGUACCCCAAUCAUAACUGCAUAUUUACGAAAUGAUACUGAUUCGGACUUUGCGAGAAAGAUUAAAGGUCGUAUCGAACGAACAACACUUGGUGAAAUUAGUGAAUAUUUUGAAGAAGUUUAUCAGACUGAUGAUUGCUUUCUAAUAAUAAAGCUAUCUAUGACAAGAGUACGGCUGUUGAAACUGGAAGUAAAUGCAGACACUGUACGAUACAAUUUAUGUACAUCACAUCUUCCCAUCAAACCAAAUCAAGUUAUAAUUCGAAGCAAAGAUGUGAUCACAAUUCAUCCCACUGACACGAACAAGGGCAGCAUGUAUCACACCAUGCAAUUGUUAAAAGAUAUGGUAACAGAUGUAGUUGUACAAGGUUUAGUAGGUGUGUCAAGGGCAGUAAUCCACAUUGAUGAAAAACAGGAUAAUAAAAAAUACAAACUUCUCGUAGAAGGAAAUGAUCUAUCUGGCGUUAUCGGAACUCCUGGAAUUUAUGGAGAAAAAACAACAUCAAAUAAUACAAUGGAAGUUGAAAAAUGUCUUGGAAUCGAAGCUGCUCGUCAAACUAUCAUCAAUGAAGUGCAAUAUACAAUGGUCAAUCAUGGCAUGAGCAUUGAUCGCAGACACCUUAUGCUUUUGGCUGAUCUUAUGACAUACAAAGGAGAAGUUCUUGGGAUUACACGAUAUGGCCUUGCUCGUAUGAAGGAAAGUGUGCUUAUGCUGGCAUCGUUUGAAAAAACUGCUGAUCAUCUUUUUGAUGCUUCAUACUAUGGCCAAUCAGAUUCAAUUUCAGGGGUUUCAGAAUGUAUUAUUAUGGGAAUACCAAUGAGUAUUGGGUCUGGAAUAUUUAAGCUGCUCCAUAAGACACAAAUGAGUUCCAAACCUCAGAAGAGGAAGUUUAUAUUCGAUAAUCCUGAGCUUCACACUCCACUUCCUAUUGCAUAGGUUUUCCUUGGAUUGGGUAUAAUUUGGGUAUUGAAUUAUGUAAACUGAAUUUUUUUUGCUUCUGUGUUCAUUCAAUUUCUUAUAUGGGUGAUUUGUUUUGUUGCCGACAUGCAUCUAGCAAAAUAGAUAAAGCGACUCAUCCUCUUCCUCAGAAUAAAUAUGAAAAUCUUACCCUAAUCACAUUUGCCGUGGCUAGCAUGGUUGUAAUGUCCAGCAUGAAAAUCUGAGAAACAAUAUGCUAAAUUAUUUGAAUUCUUGUUUUCAACUAUGAUUUCAGGUGCUACUACUUUCUUUGCCGACGUGAAUUAACAUGAACAAACUAAAAACUGAUGGGUAGGACUUGGCCAUUCUAUUCUUUUUUUUCUUUCUCAAUCAUCCAAACAUAUCCAAAACAAUAGUUAUGUUCCAUUUGUCAUUUAUUUAUUCAAAUCCUGACCAAGAAAUUCGAUAUUGCAAAUCUUACAAUCAUUGUAAUUUUUCCUUCAAUGUAUGUUGUGCUGCUCCACUGUCUGGUUUAGUGUGUCUUAUAUUUUGCAUUUCCUUGAUAGCA